GUUUCUCUAUAAGUAGAGAAUGCUACUACAGUUUCAAAAGCAUUGGAGUUUGAAGAUGGAAGAGGGUAAUGGCGAGAACAUUCUAGACGCUCUCUACGAAGAUGACAAUAACUUGGAUGACAUUGAGAUGCUUGACGUUGAAGAAGGUGAGUUUCUUGAUGUUGAAGAAGGGGAAUUGGUAGACCAUCAUCAAAACGGCGUCGUAGCAAAAGAUCAUAAUCUCGUUAACGAAACAGAUUGUAAUAACAAUCAAAAACCAAAAUCUCUCAAUCGGAAUCGCAGACGUAAAGCUAACAAGAGAAAGAAAAAGGGUUUAGGUUCGGAUUCUAUCAACAUUGACAGGUUUGUGAAAGAGACAUGCCGGCGAUUGAAAGAAAAAAAGUUAUAUAUGGUAUACACAGCUGUAGGUUGCCUCGGGAUUUCUGCACUGAGCGAUCUCGUCAAAGAGGUAGAUGCAAUCCAGUCUUGUGGAGGCCAAAAGACUGCUGAUGGCAAGCGAUUUAGGACAGGGGGUGGUGUAUUGUGGAACAUCAUUAAAAAUCGAGAACCAAAUGCCUACAAAGAGAUAAUGAAUAAAACGAGGGAGUUUGAGAAGCAAUUCAGGCAGCUAAGUCAUGGUCAGCCACCUAUGCAACAAAAGGAGGAUUCUUCUCAAGGGGUGCCAUGUACAUUUUCUAGCAGGCGUCCGGUCAAUGUUUCUAACAAUACUUCUUGCACAAUGCAACUGCAAGAUCAGCCUAAAGCACCAUGUUCUGAAGAGAAGCGCGUUCCUGUUCACGACAGAUUAAGGGUACCUGUUUCCUACGAUGAUGAUCUUCUGCUUGGAACAAGUAUCGAUAAUGAUGCAACCUUACUCUGA